ACUUGCCGCCCCCGCCCGCCCCGCACGGCCGCCGCCUCUGCCGGAGACCCCCUCCCGCUCGCACUGCCUGCGACCGUCGUCCCACGUCCGCUGCCGGAGACCCGCGCGGUCGUCUGCUUCACUAACAACGAGCGCGACACGGUUCUGCUCGCCGCGGCGUCUCCGGUCCGCUGCCAGAGGCUGCCGGAGACCUACGUGCCGUCUCCUUCACUGCCACCGGGCGCGACACGGUUCUGCUCGCCGUGGCGUCUCCGGCACGUCGUCGCCGAGCUGCCCCCUCGGUUUCGGUUGUUUCUGUUGUACUUCACACAUUCUAUCACCUUGUACCAACAGUGAUGCGAGGAUCGUUAGUCCAACGCAUUCUAUGUACUUCCGGAUUAAAAUUGCUGGCAAGGUCAGAUGAAAAUUGUUCAAAAAGAUAGACAAGUAUAACCUCACGUUGCAAAGGUGAGUGAGUGCUUCAUGUCAAACAAACUUUGAGAUCACCUCGUGUUGAUUAUUGAUGAUCCGUUUCUUGGUCCACCUACUUCCGCAAAUUCUCAGCUUUAUACCUAAAGAGAUGGAAGUGAAAAAAAAAAUUAGAUGGAAACUAAGGUCAGAAAUAGAUGGAAGUUGCAAUUCUUAAUGCAUAAUACAAUAGAUGUAAGUUGAAAUACAUGGAAACUAUGGUCCUGUACAUUUUUUGUUCCAGUGUCUCUGCUUGAUGUCAAACAAACUUUGAGAUCACCUCCUCUUGACUAUUGAUGAUCCGUUUCUUGGUCCACCUACUUUUGCAAUUCUCAGUUUUAUACAUAAAUAGAUGGAAGUGAAUAAAUAAAUAAAUAGAUGGAAACUAAGGUCAGAAAUAGAUGGAAGUUGCAAUUCUUAAUGCACAAUACAAUAGAUGGAAGUUGAAAUACAUGGAAACUAUGGUCCUGUACAUUUUUUUUGUUCCAGUGUCUCCAUCAUUUGUGUUUUCAAAACGCAGAUGUGCAAGAAUAUUCAUGAUAUUCGAGAUGCACAUCGGUUUGCCUUAGGGGAACGUUCCCCGUUACACGACGUAACAAACUCACCUCUAAAUGGAAAUGCAUAGAGUAGUUUUGCUGCUCAAAAGAAAAGUGGCCAAUCAUGGUACACCAGAUUGUCUGAUGACAAGAAAGCAGAGAUCCUUGAGAAGCGCCGUGUCGUCUGGCAACAGAAGAAGGCUGUAGCCGUACGAAGUCUAAACCAUGCCCAGGAAUCAGAGGCACGUGCUUCUUCUGUAGGGUCUGAGCAAUGUAUCCCUUUGACCAACAUCACCAACACACAUAUAGAUGUUACAGUAUGUACGGCUGCAAGCUCCGUGGGUACUGUUCAUCUUCAACAAGACAAUAUUUCAGGCAGAAAAAGAAGUGGACAAAGUUGGUAUGCUGGGCUAUCCGACGAGCGGCAGGCUGAGUAGAUAAACAAACAGAAGAUGGCCCGACUCGCACGGAAAGCUGCCUCUGCUGGGGUGAAUGUCCAAGUGCCUACAUCAUCUGCCCCACAAGCUUGAUCUGCUCAUACCUCUGGUCGGGCUAACUAUGGUGGUCGUGAACAUCAAUUGCAGGAAAUAGUAGGACAAUGCAUCAAACAGAAUGGUAAUGAAGGUGCAUGCAACUCCAACCGACAGCGGGUCAAAUUUGGAGGUAGACGGUUCAGAUGAUUGGUUGCACAGUAAUCCAACUUACAUACGGCGAGCGAUGUUGGCGAAACAUGUCGAAGAUAGCUCUGUUCCUAUAAGUUUUAUCUCCGGACGCUCCAUUGAACCAUUAGGUAUAGCAUACCAUAUACUUUACAUUAUGAUGUCCUUUUGAGUUCAUGAGCAGACUUCUGCUAUACAUUAUAUUGUUUCAGAUGCAUACCAUGAGAAGGACCGCCUUCGUAAAAGGAAAAAAAUACUCAGAAAUGGAAAUGCAAUAGAGAGAGUCCUUGUUGUGUCGGAGUCGUGCGUACAAGAUGGUGAAACCAAAUCCAGCAUGUGAAAAUAACCAUACAGAGGCAGCAACAAUGAAGAGGACUCCGAUGCACACGGCAUUUUCGAGCCCGUGGGGCAGACUGCUGGGAGUGAAGAAUUCUUGAACACGCAGUCCAUCUUUUGGUAUGAGCACAGAAUGAUAUUAGGAUAUUCAGUGCACAAGGUGAUGACUUCGAAUCGUACAGAGUGACAACUGAUGGUUUGCAUAGGCUUGAGACUCAUGAUCCUUGCGACUACGUCUACCACAAUCUACCCACCAAGCAUCAUGUUUUGAAGCCAAUAAAAGACUGUAUCCAUUGUGGAGCAAUGAGGUUCCAGUAUGAAGGCCCAGCCUUCUGUUGCAGAAAAGGUAAGGUCAAGGUAUUUAUCCCAGAGGUUCCUCAAGAGCUACAACGAUUGUUUACAAGUCAGUUCGACAUGGAUGCAAAGUACUUAAGACAACACAUUCGAUAUUUCAACUCCCACUUCUCCUUCACAAGCCUUGGAGUUACCCUUGACAAUCGGGUCAACACCACGGCAAGAACCGGUGUAUACACCUUCCAUGCUCACGGUCAGUUGUACCACCGUCUAGACCAUCUUGUACCAGGUGAUCACGGACCCAGGCAUUUGCAGCCGUACAUUUAUGAUAUAGAUGAAGCCUUGGAACAUAGGGUGAAACGCUCUCCAGAUCUAAAUAUCAACCUCAUACGCAAGAUUCUGAGUAUACUGGAGAACAACCUGUAUGUCGAGACUUUUAAGAGCCUUGGUUCAGUUCCCAACCUAUCAAAAUAUAAAAUUACACUGAACACAAAUAUUAAAUUGGACCAGCGGAGGUACAAUGCCCCUACAACUUCUCAGGUGGCUGCAAUGUGGGUGGAAGGUAGUGACCCGAAACACACUUUCGAUAGAAGUGUUAUAGUGCAUGCAAAAGGGGAUAGUCCUUUGUACAUCAGAGCCUACUAUGGAUGCUAUGAUCCUUUAGCGUACCCAUUAUUUUACCCGGCUGGGGAGACAGGAUGGAACCGUUGGCUGCCAUAUGAGGGACCAACUCCCACUCAUGCAGGCAAUGAGGAUGACAACGACAACCAGGACGAUGGACGAGAAGCAGAUAAAGAUGACAACGAAGAACAAGAUGAGGAUGAAGCCACUGAGUCUAGAAAAUAUGUCAGUGCGAGGGAGUAUUACUGUUUCAAGUUGCAGAUCAGGGAAGGAAUUUUUAGCAUCCUAUUGUUUGGGGGGCGUCUUCUCCAACAGUGGCUUGCUGACAUGUACAUCAAAAUGGAGACUAUGAGGCUUGAUUUCUACUCGAAGCCUUAGAAUCAAAAACUCAUACGUGUUGAGCUCUACCAGGGUGUUGUUGACACCAUUGCUUCUGGAGAGACGCGUGCUGCUCAGAUUGGAAAAAGAAUCGUGCUCCCUCGGACUUUUCCGGGAGAUGAUCGAGACAUGCAGCGAAGAUUCCUUGAUGCAAUGGCCGUCGUCCAAAGAUACGAAAAGCCUGAUUACUUAAUCACUAUGACUUGCAACCCUUACUGGGAGGAGAUAACUUCCAGACUUGCACCCGGACAAACACCACAAGACCAUCCUGACCUGGUGGCCAGAGUAUACAGGGCCAAGAUGCGGAGUCUGAAAGAUCUUAUGAUAAAAAAGAAGUACUUUGGUCCGGUUGCGGCGUAUGCUCAUGUUACCGAGUUCCAAAAAAGGGGUCUGCCCCAUGAACACUUCCUGCUGAUCAUGGCCUUAGAUUGUAAGCUAACAAAUCCAGACGCCUAUGAUAGGGUAAUCUCGGCAGAGAUCUCUAGCCGUGAGAAGUACCCUGUGUUGCAUGGACUGGUUAUCAAGCAUAUGCUCCACGGCCCAUGUGGUACUCUCUAGAAGAAUUGUCCUUGCAUGAUAGAUGGAAAUUGUGGUUUCUGUUACCCUCGACAGUUUUUCCCUGCAACACAACAAGGAAAGGACUCAUACCCUAUAUAUAGGAGAAGGGCUAAUGGUCGCCGAGUAGAAGUUAGGAAUGCGGUGUUGGACAACAGAUGGGUUGUCCCAUACAACACCGGACUGCUCAUGAGAUAUAAUUUUCACAUUAAUGUUGAAGCUUGCUCGAGCAUAAAGGCAAUCAAAUAUUUGUACAAGUACAUAUACCAGGGGCAUGAUCGUGCUUCCUUCUCAGUUAACCCGGCGACAACUGAUGGUGGUGUGAUAAAUGAGAUUCGGCAAUACAGGGAUGCAAGAUUUGUAACACCACCAGAGUCUAUGUACAGGGUAUGUGCUUUCCGUAUGUUUGGUGUCUCUCGCAACUAUAGCUGCAUUUGCCCAACAUGCAUACUGUUGCAUUCAACGGUACUGAUAACCUAGAGGAAGUCAUGAACCGACCGUCCUCUUCCAAAACCAUGCUCCCAUAAUUCUUUAGAAUGAAUGAGGUGGACCCUUAUGCACGAAACUUCUUGUAUAAAGAGUUCCCAGAAUUCUUUCGAUGGAUUAAGGGUAAGAAAAAGUGGCAGAAAAGAAGCCAAAGGGGCCCGAGACAAGUUGGAAGGAUUGUUUAUGCACACCCUGCUGAUGGUGAGAGGUACUUCCUGAGAGUGCUUCUGAAUCAUAGAAGAGGUGCCACUUUAUAUGAGGAUUUGAGAACUGUAAAUGGAAGGCUUUGCUCGACCUUUAGGGAAGCGCGUGAGCUCAUGGGCCUAAUAGAGACUGACAAAUCUCUAGAUGACUGCUUGACCGAGUCUGCUACUUUCUAGAUGGCCUGUGCUCUAAGAAGGCUUUUUGCAACUAUUCUUGUGUUCUGCGAGGCAACCAACAUCCGUGCUUUGUGGGAGAAGCAUCUAGAGUCAAUGUCUGAGGAUUACCAUCAUACCCAGUCCAACCAGGCUGCGCUGGAACAGAUGGUCCUUAGAGACAUCCAGGAUUUGGUGCAUUCGAUGGGCAAAGAUAUUAAAAGCUAUGGCCUCCCGGAGCUAGUUGAGACCGAUGAUGGUUCCGGCGACCUCCUAAGGGAGGUUCGAGAGGAGUUGUCAGUCGUUGUGGAUCGAGAGCAUUUAGAUCUAUAUACAUCCAUGAACAUUGAGCAGAGGGCUAGGUUUGAGGAAAUCUUGAAUCACAUGGUGAACAACAGGAAACAGGUUUUCUUUGUUGAUGGUCCUGGUGGCACGGGGAAGACUUAUCUCUACAAGGCGCUUCUUGCUAAAGUGUGUUCAUUGGGGAAAAUAGCUAUUGCAACUGCGAUAUCCAGUAUAGCCGCAUCAAUCAUGCCCGAUGGACGUACUGCCCACUCCAGGUUCAAAAUGCCGAUCAAGCUCAUGGAUAAUAGCAUCUGCAGCUUCACCAAGCAAAGUGGUACUGCAGAGUUGCUUCGGAGAGCGUCUCUGAUAAUCUGGGAUGAGGUUGCCAUGACGAAGCGUCAAGAAGUUGAGGCAUUGGAUAGGUCACUACGUGAUAUCAUGGGAUGUGUUAUUCCAUUUGGGGGAAAGGUUGUGGUGUUUGGAGGGGAUUUUAGGCAGGUCCUUCCUGUGGUCCUGCGUGUGACAAGAGCACAAAUCACUGACGCCACGCUGCAAAGUUCAUAUCUAUGGGAGAAAAUUAGACAAAUACGCCUCACCCGUAAUAUGAGAGCACAGACUGACCCGUGGUUCUCCAAAUACCUCUUGAGAAUUGACAAUGGAACGGAGGAGACGAUCGGUGAUGAUUAUGUGCGUCUGCCUGAUGACAUUGUGAUAGGUUACACACCUGGUGACGCACCAGUCAUGAAGCUUAUUGAACACGUGUUCCCAUCUCUUCAUGAGGACGCAUCAUCCGGUGCCUACAUGAGCACACGUGCUACUCUUUCUACCAAGAGUGAGCACGUGGACGAUCUAAAUGCAAAGAUGAUUGACAGGUUUCUCGGCCAAGAAAAGGUAUACUAUAGUUUUGAUUCCAUCGAUGAUGAUACACGCAAUAACUACCCAAUUGACUAUUUGAACAACCUCACUCCGAAUGGCUUGCCUCCCCAUAUUUUAAAAUUUAAAGUCAAUUGUCCUGUCAUUCCGCUCUGAAAUCUUGAUCCUAAUAACGGACUUUGCUAUCGGAUGACAUUGAUGAUUAGAGCUUCCCAAAAUAACGCAAUCGACGCCGAGAUUGUUGGUGGACAACAUGCUGGAAAGAGAGUGUUCAUCCCUAGGAUCCUGAUGGCACCCUCGGAGGAUACUUCACUUCCAUUCAAGUUGAAGAGGAAGCAAUUCCCUAUUCGUCUGAGUUUUGCUAUGACCAUAAACAAAGCCCAGGGGCAAACCAUCCCAACUGUUGGCAUUUACCUUUCAGAGCCUAUAUUCUCGCACGGCCAACUUUAUGUUGCACUGUCAAGGUUGUUUCAAGGCAGACAACUUGGGUUCUGGCAAAGCCAAAUAAAGAAAUAGAUCAAACGGGUAAAAGCACCAAGAACAUUGUGUACAGAUAUGUCUUGGAGGGAUAACACAGGUUUGCUCUUCAUGUACCAAGACCUUUGUGUGGAUUGAUUGUCCAAUUCCAAUAGCCAAGAUUGCAUCAUUGUCUGGCUUUGUUUGUUGCCCAAUUUGGCAGAUUUGGACCAGAACUCUCAGAUACAAAAGAGUAAUAACAUUUAUCUAAAUAAAACAAGACUGCAGUUGUGCUACCAUAAGAAGGGAGUAGAGUGUCUUGAUUACGAAGAUUCUUGCACAGAUACAAAAGAGUAUGCUGGUAUUGUGCCUGAUUAUGUUAUUUUGCUGUUGACUAGGGUACCUCAUGAUUCUACUUGCUUGGUAUUGGGCUUGAAAUAUCUUGAUUAUCUACCAACAUACUCUUUUGUAUCUGUGCAAGAAUCUUCGUAAUCAAGACACUCUAGUCCCUUCUUAUGGUAGCACAACUACAGUCUUGUUUUAUUUAGAUAAAUUUUAUUACUCUUUUGUAUCUGAGAGUUCUGGCCCAAAUCUGCCAAAUUGGGCGACGAAAAAGCCAGAAUGAUGCAAUCUUGGCUAUUGGAAUCGAACAAUCAAUCCACAGAAAGGUCUUGGUACAUGGAGAGCAAACCUGUGUUAUCCCUCCAAG